AUGAAAAAGCAAGCUAAAUCAAAGAGUCCUGAUUAACAUAUUGAAUAAAUUAUGAAGAAUAAAUAAUAAAAGCUUGAGGAAGAUGAAUAUUAAACUUUAGAAUUAACAAGAAUGACUUCACUUAAUAAAAUAAAUACUGAUGGGUAAAACUUUUACAUAAAUAUUUUGCAUGGUAAUUAAGAAAUGCCAAUAAAUUUAUCUUAAUAUUUACAUGAAUAAGUAAACUUUAUAGAUAAUAUUUUAGUAUGCCUUAACUCAUUCUUUCAAAAAUUAUCCUCCAGAAUAAUAUUAUGGGAAUUGUGAAUACAAAUUAAAAAUAAUCAAAGUUGAUUAAUGUAAAAUGGAACAUAGAACUACUUAAAUGUAAUUUAGGUAAAUUACUUAAAUAUAAAUGAAUAGAUUAGAUGAAGGAAAAGGUAUUGCAUAUUAUAGAGUUGGUGUUGAAGAUGAUGGAACUCCAACUGGUAUAAAUUUAAAUGAAAUGUUGGUAUCAAUAUAAUGGCUUAUUAAAUUUGCAAAUAAUAACAAAGCUGAAAUCAUAUUAUAGAAGAUGCAUUAAGGAAGAACUAAUUCAUAAAAGAUAGCUGAAUUCAUGGUGAGAAGAAGAUUAUAGGAUUCAAUUAAGACUGAUAUUAGAGUAGUAAUGUUAGGAUAGGUGAAUUCAGGAAAGUCAUCUUUAAUUGGAAUGAUUACAACAGGAAAAUCUAAUAUUGGAAGAUAAUAAUUUGGUAAAUUAUUUAGAUAAGUUGUUGGAUUUGAUAGUAAAGGAAAAGUAGUGAAUAAAAUAAAUUUAUUGGGAUAGGAAAAAGAAGAUGAAUAUGUUUUUGAAAAUGCAACAAAAAUAAUAACUUUUAUUGAUUUAUUAGAAAGACAACAUUGUAAUAAUAAUGAAGCAAUGUAAAAUAUUUAAUCUCAAUUUCCUAAUUAUUUCAUGUUAGUAAUUAAUGCUAUUUAGUAAUUAGGAACAGAUUUUAUUUAAUAAUUAAAAUUAACAUUAUCUUAAUAAAUUCCAAUCUUUAUUGUAGUUACUCAUGCUGAUAAAUUAAAAGAUGACUAUGAAUUAGAAAUAUUAUUAUUUAAUAUUAGAUAAAAGUUAAAAUAACAUAUUAUAAAAACUAUACCUAUUAUUUUAGUAAGAUCUACUGAAGAUGUUAUGUUAUUUAGUAAAUAAAUAAUUGAUUAAUAUGAAAAGGAAACAGUAAUUCCAGUUUUUAUUUUAUCUAAUUUAGAAUAUAAAACACAUAACUUAUUUCUAUAAUUUCUAAAUCAAUUACCAUUAAGAAAUGAAUUUACUAAUAAUAAUACUUAACCUGUUGAAUUUGGUAUUCAUUAAACUUUUGAAAUUGCUCUAAUUAAAUAAAUCAAUGAUGAAUAACCAUCAAUUGAAUCUGAAAGUUUUACUGUUGAAGAUGUAAUUAUUAUUAAUUAAAUUUAGUCAAUUCUAAAAUCUAAUAAAGGAAUUAUUCAAGUAUAAGAUAGAAAAUUAUUAAUCUUAGGAGGAACAGUUACUAAAGGUAUUAUUAAAAAAGGAUAAUCUUUAUUAAUUGGUCCUGAUAAAUAGGGUAAUUUUUAUCCUGUUUAAGUUCAAAAUCUUUAAUCUAAUAGAGUUAAAGUGAAGUCUGCUUUAAGUGGUCAAUUAUGUACAGUCUAAUUUUAACUUAUUAAUUCUUAUAAAAAAAACUUUGGAACUGCUGAAAAUCCAAUAAGAAGAGGAAUGGUAUUAGUUGAUGCUAAACUUAAACCUAAUAGCUACACAAUUUUUAUAGUUAAUUUAUAAUUUUUUGCAGCAGGAUGGAAAUAAUUUCAAUAAUAAUAAUAAUAAUAAGAGUUGAUAUCCAUAAAUUAAACUUAAUAAUAUAAUUAUCCUAAUGAAAAGAUAUGUUUAUCACAAUCUCAUGAAUUAUUAGUUCAUACACCAUAUUCCAAGUAAUUAAAUAUUAAAUUAGAUAAAUUUGUUUAAUUUUAGAAAAUCAUUGUGAAAAUCAAUAUUUAUUGGUUAAACAACCUAGUUUAACAAGAAAACCUUCAAAAUCUGUAGAAGGUAAAGUUGUUUCAUCAUCAUAAAAGUAUAUUGAAAAAAAUAAAUCAAAAAAAAUUAAAAUUUAAUAAAGUAUUUUUAUAUGUUUAUUUAGAAAUAAAUGUAUUUGAAAUUAAAUCAGGAGAAUCAUUAUAAUUAAAAUUGAGAUUUAAAUAUUAAAGUGAAUAUUUGACUUAAGGUAUGAAAAUAGUUAUCAUGGAACAAAAAUUUUCUGCUUUUGGACAUGUUGUAUCUAUGGAAAUUUGA